UUAAAUUAAAACUAUUAAAUAUGUAUAUAAAGCGCGCUUAUAUACUAAGUGGUCUAAUAUUAAACACCUUUUUUGUGUUGGGCCUGGCUGCCGAAUCGAACUUAAUCGAACUUAUCGAUCAAUCGCUUCACCCUGAGCAUUGCCCUUCGUAUGAAGGAAUCUCUUGUUCAUGUUAUUUCAGUGCUUUUUGUGAAAUUAACGAGGAAUUCAGCGAUAUUUACGUGAGCUUAGAUUCAAAGGGGCGCCAAAUGUUAGUGGUUUGUCCAAGAGAAACAAAACUAAAUAUUAAUUUGCUGAACAACUCAAGUUAUUUGGAAGCGAAAAAUUGCAAAGACAUAUAUAUAGAACAUGCUUUGAAACGACAACGUAUAUAUAUAGAUGAACUGAAUAAACUAAUUUUGAUCUAUAAUUCGCAACUUGCUGUUACAAAUAUUGAACUUAUAUUUCAAAAUAUUCUUAAACUACAAAUAAUUGUAAAAUCCACAGAUGAGAUUGACUUUACACCAUUUGAAUUCGAUUUUAUAGACUUAGAUGCGAAAGUUCUUUCGCUUUACGUACAAAGUUCAAAGAAUAAGCGCACCUUGACGCAGGACUAUUUUCGACACUUCGCCGAGAUCAGACAACUUGAUUUAGACAGAAAUAAUAUGCCAGUGUUGGACUCAAAUCUCCUUGAACCACUUACUCAAUUAAAUUACCUGAAUUUGAGCAGCAAUGAAAUUAGUGAAUUGCCAUCGAAACUAUUUGAAAAGCAGCGUAAACUUAUAAUACUGGAUCUUAGUUACAAUUUAUUGACACAUCUACCACCAAAACUCUUCACCCAAACAGUUUUACUGAAGCAGUUGAAACUGAAUGGCAAUGGUUUGCACCACACCGAAAAUCUUAUGGCAACUCUAGAACCGUUGCAUUAUCUACAUUGGCUAGACUUAAGCGAGAACAAGCUGAAAACUAUUUUAUGGGAGAAAUUAUUACCAAAUUUCAGUCCCGAUAUACCUUUGGUUUUGGAACCAGAUCUCGAUUACAGCAGUAUGUUGCAAAAUUACACACGAAACCAAAAGCUUAAUGUGACGCUAGUCGAUUUGAGUCACAAUCGUUUGUGCGAGUUUGAUAUGGAUUGGCUAAUUAAAGCUGGCAUUAAACGCGAUUUUCGCAUAAACUUAGCGCAUAAUUCUAUUAAAAGCAUAUACACCUUAACAAAUUUACCAAAUACAAUUGACAAUUUUGUGCGCGAAAUCAAAAUGGCCGGCAAUCCUGUUGUGUGCGAUUGCAGCUUAGCUUGGAUUUACAAAUCUAAUUAUCGCGCGCUUUUUACUGGUUUGCAGUGUAAACAGACGUCAAAUGAACUACUAACGGAUGUCGCACAGUUACGACGCGAUGAGCUGUGCGCUUGGCAACCGAUAUUUUGUCCCACAAACUGCGACUGUUACGCACAAUCCGACUUCCUGACCAUCAAUUGUAACGGUAGACACCUCGACGUUAUCGACAAGCUGCCACGCCCCGAACAAGUUAAUCGCACGAGUUCAAUACUCGAUAUUAGUGUUAAUCAGCUGACUUUUUUGCCGCCAAACACCACCUUCGGCUAUGCCAACGUUACGCAACUCAACGCCUCAUACAAUCGAAUCACAAAUGUCAGCAUUUUCCAACUGCCUGCCAAUUUAACGGUUUUAGAUCUAUGUAGUAACCGUUUAACGGCUUUAAGUGCUGAUUUGUUGCACGCUCUACUCAAUGACAGCGACAAACUACAGUUUUUGUAUCUGAGUGGAAAUGAUUGGUGGUGCAAUUGUUCUGUGGAGCAUUUGUUGUACACCGUCCGUGCACAACAGCGACGUAUACCCGAUGUCGAGUUGCUAGACUGUGUUAAUCUACAAAGUGUUUCACUGCUCACCGCAAAAGUGGACGAUUUGUGCAAAGUUGUGGUUAACGGUGAAGGUUCGCCAUUUGUGAUCGCAAGUGUCACAACCGCAACAGUAGUCAUUAUUAUUUCACUGCUGUUUAUCGCACUAUUUUAUAAAUAUAAUAUGGAAGUGAAAGUCUGGCUACAUGCUCACAAUAUAUUGACCUGUUGUAUACAUGAAUCCGAAUUGGAUAGGAAUAAAAAAUUCGAUGCUUUCAUAUCGUAUGCCCAUCAAGAUGCUGACUUCGUCAACCAUACCCUACUGCCGCGACUUGAAGAGUGUGAAGAUCCACCAUUUCUUAUAUGCACACACGAACGUAAUUGGCUGCCGGGGGCCUAUAUACCGGAACAAAUUAUCGAAUCGGUCGAUCAGUCGCGUCGCACGAUCAUAGUGCUGUCGCAUCACUUCAUCGAAUCGGAUUGGGCGCGCAUGGAGUUUCGCACAGCGCAUCAGAGCUCGUUGAAUGAGGGUCGUACGCGCAUAAUUAUUGUGAAAUACGGUGAAAUUACGAACAACGAGUUAUUGGAUAAGGAAUUGCGGGCAUAUUUGCAGAUGAAUACUUACUUGGAUUGGGAAGAUACCAGAUUUUGGGAAAAAUUACGCUAUGCUAUGCCACAUAAAGGGGUGGGUAGAGAACGGAAUACCGAUAUGCUGGAAGUAAAUGGACGAAUGUAUGUUAUGGGACAAGCUGAGUUGAGUGAUUUCCGUGAAGAGAGUGUCUAAAUACCACAAAGGAAGGAGAUACUUGGUAAAGUACAUUUGUAAUCAAAUAAUUUAAUAAAUUCUAUUGUAUACUUAAUACAAAAAAUAUACAUCAUUUUAAUAAAAUUAAUGGAUAUAUACAUAUUUAAAUUAAAACCACCAAUAUUAAUUUAAUACUGACGGAAAUUCAUUUUCAUUAUUAUGCACAGAAUUUCAUCUCUACUCUUCAGCCUGAACAUUUUGGUGUAUAUACUGUAGAUAGUUUAGUUUGGUAUUACAAACAACCGUUGUGAAGAAAACUGUUAUACAUUCCUUACAACAUAUUGCGAAAGUGUAAACGUAUUGCUCCCGCGGUACUUCGGUUAAUCGUUCAA